CAUUCAUUCCCACAUGUUUCACCGUAUCUCGUAACCUUUUUUAUUUCUCAUCACUUCGAAAUAAAGUGAAAUAAAAUUAAAAAGUAUACACUGUUUAAUGUAACAUGUUUAAAUCAAAUUUCGGAAAAAUAAUGAGUGGAUGGUAGGAUUUUUUUAACUGUUGUCGGAGUUUCAUCAUUUGUGGCUUCCAAAAGAUCAAUAACAGCUCGUAGAUCAGAGGCGAUGAUAGAGAGGAAAAAAGCAAGACUAGCUAGGACUCAAACUGAAAAUAUUUAAAUCCAUAAAUAUUAUUAUUUGAUUAUUAAUAACAAUUAUUAAUUUACUGAUUAAUUUAUUGAGAGUUAAGAUAACAAGUAUUUAAAAUGGCUGGACUACCACAAUUAGAUGAAGCUAAAUUAAAGUUAGUUCAGGAUCUGGAGAUUGAAAUGAUGUCUGAUAUGUACAAUAGAAUGACUGCAGCUUGUCAUAAAAAAUGUAUAUUACCAAAAUAUUCUGAACCUGACUUAGGUAAAGGCGAGUCCGUUUGUUUAGAUCGUUGUGUUGCUAAAUAUUUAGAUAUUCAUGAGAGAAUUGGUAAAAAAUUGACACAAAUUUCUAUGAACGAACAACAAAAAGCUGAAAAUUCUCCAGCUCCAUCUUAAAGUAACUUGUAUGUAACGUAAUUACUAAUAUUUUAUGCAUUUUAUUUUAUUAGAAUGAUGUAAAGAAUUACUACUUAUGUAAUUUAUCUCACGAUAUUUUUCUUUAUUUAAAUAGAUAAAUUAACAUUUUUAAAAGCUCUUUAGGCUUUUGAUAUGGAUGUUUAGUUAUUUAAAUAAUUUAAAUGUAGAUACGUUAUUGUAUUUAGUUUACUAUAAAAAUAAAAUGCUUAAAAACUAA